CAACACGACACUUCCGCUGGUUCGGCCGGGCUGGUGCUGCCGCCGGCGCCGGGUGACGGGGGCUCACGUGGGCAGUGGGGGGCCAAACCAAUUCCAGGGUGCGGCCCGAGCACGGGAGGGCCCUACCUUGCCCUUCGGAAGCACCGCUGCCUCAGCAGUGCUCCGCCCAAGUCGCCAGGGGGAGGAAAGCACCCACGAAGGCCUGCACAGCCGAACUUGAAAAUGAAUGACCUUAAAGGCAAAUCCCAGUACAUUCCACCGGUGACCUUACGUUUGCAUGAGGAAAUCACAACCUCCAAACUCUAUUCUUCAGCAGCUGAGGGGUUUGAAGCCCAAAUUGCCAGCCUGGUGGAGAUGUUCCUGGUGGAAGUGUACAGGUGCAAGCUCUGCCAGUUCACCAGCAGCAUAAAGAAGAAAAUCCGGACUCAUAUGGUUAACAUUCACGAACAGGAUGGGAUCCAUCUGAGCUCAGAAAUUAGCACGGAUCCCGAGGAAAAUGACUCCUUCAGCGUUGGCGAUGAUGAGGUCAGCCAAGAAAACAAGGAGAACGAAGAGGCGCUGGAGAAAAUGUCUUUCCUUCUGCCGAUGUACAGGAUGCUUCGGAACAUGAGUCCCGAGUGCUGUGGCGUGAACCUGGAGAGCCCCCCCGGCAGUCCCCCGGGACCCCCGACGUGUCAGGCCGACCCCCUGUUCGAAGAAGAUGCUGGGAAAUUUCAACUCAUCGAGUCCUGCCCUGGGGCCUCGGACCCCAGCCCAUUCUCCGAGGGCCUCGCUGACUCUGCUGAAAGGAGGGAAGAUGAGGAAGCCCAGUCUGAGCAUCUCAUGUCUCUCGGUUUGUGCCGCAUUUCUAGGGUCAAGUCUCAAACCGUAGGGGUGGGGCUGAAAGGGCCUGGCCUGGGCCCGAGGCAGGAAGCUGGUAAAAGUCUGAAACCAAGUAGAGCCGACAGCAGUGCCUCCACUCAGCCUCUGAAAGACAUUUACACUUUCAAAGGCAGAGAAGAAAGGAGACUGCUUCAUUUGUGUUCCUCCUGUGACUGUGAGUUCAAGUCCAAAGCCGCACUUAAAAUCCACGUGAAGUGUCAUAACAGAGACCAAGGCUUCAAUUGCGUUUAUUGUAAUUGCUACGUGACCGAAUGGAACUUAAUGGAAAAGCAUCUACAAACACACAAGCAGAUCAAAGGGAGCUAUCAGUGCCCGGCCUGUGAAAAAGUUUUCGUCACACAGAGUGCCCGGAGAAUGCACAAGGAUUGUCACGGGAGAAAGCCCGAUCUUUUUCAGUGCACAAAGUGUUCGUCUUUUUACGAAACAGAGCAUUUGCGAAAUCUCCACAAGUCUUGUCAUUACGAUGACAUAUUUAAAUGUCCGCACUGUGAGUUCACUGAUAAAGAAUGGCCCAGGGUUCACAAGCAUCUGAUCACCCAUAACCCCAAUGCAAAACUACAUUCUUGCACCGAUGGUGAAAGGAAAUUCUUCAGAAUGACGGAGCAAAAGGAGCCCCUGUCCAAACCCAAGGACGGCCGGCCCUUUCUUUGUUCCCUGUGCGGGCAGGCGUUCAAGGGCAGACGUCAGCUGAGCAGGCAUCACAAACGUGCACAUCAAAAGCCAAGUGUAAAGGAAAGGAAAAAAAGAAGGAAAGCUGAGGGUGGCCUCAUUUUUUCAGCCCCAGAAGCCACAGCCAGAAGCAGGACAGACACCGAAGAGUAUGUCUGCAACAUUUGUAACAGGAAAUGUUCCUCUAAAUUGGCCCUACAGAGACAUAUGGGAAUACACGCGGGAGUCAAGCCCUUUCACUGCCAUCACUGUGACUACAAAACCCGAUUGAAGGCUUCUCUGAUACAACACAUGCGAGUCCACACUGGUGAGAAGCCUUUCAAGUGUGAAGUCUGCCCUUACGCCUCAAUCGACGCGAGCUCCCUGCGCAGGCAUUUCAGGACUCACACCCGGGAGAGGCCAAACAAAUGCCAGCUUUGUUCGUACAGUUGCAUCCAGAAGAAGAGCCUGGAUCUCCACGUCCGGCGCCACCACACAGGAGAGGCAUUUGCCUGUAAUUUUUGUUGCUACUCCUCCCCCGACAAACAACUCCUCCGGAAACACACAAAGAAACACCACCACGGUGCAGAGACCCCCUCGACCAACGGCCAGCCAAACCCCGGCCUCAAACCAUUUCCCGGGGAUCUUUAGACUCUGCGAGCGGGGUCCCCUGUCAAAGGAGCUAAUCCCAAAGGAUGCCACCGCAGCCGCUCACGUCAGGCAUUGGGUCUUCUCACCGAGACGACCAAGUAGGUUAUCUCCGGGCAGAAGAGAAGGAGCAACCAUCACAAGGACACACAACUCAGAGGACGGGCCCCGGGCUGGACGUUUCUCCUCCUCACCCACUGCAUGUGAAUUUAUCCCUUUUGGCUUGGAGCUUCUUAACAUGAUCUAGAUCCUAACGUGUGGGCAGGGCCCGAGCGGACCGCUUUAAGUUUUCCGGUAACUCUGGGUUUCUGCAAGGUUUCCGUGCUGCCUCAUAUAAAUGCCAGACUGGGCGUUCCGGAUCCCAGGCCGAAAAACAGAAACAGCGAGGCAUCUCGGUAAGUUGAUCAAGUUAAAUAGGCCACCGAGAACCUCUGACAGCUAGCAUUCUUCUCGGUUGUUAUUUAUAGCGGGCAGGUGACCGCCCCCGACCCCCUUCCCGACUGUCAGGUGGUGAAACAAUAAACGCAGAAAGCGUGUUGAACUGUAACAUCCAAUAA